GGACAUCUGCCUUCUGAUCUUCGACUUCAGUUCAUAUCGUCUGCGCAAAGCAAAUGUCGGAGAUUGAUUGCUUGCCGAAUGCGAUCUUGGUGGCAAUCUUCGACUUGGUUCCUCCACUGGAAGUCAUCAACACCUGUUGCCUGGUUAGCAAGCGGUUCUUGGAUGUCUCUCUCUCACCAGAUCUUUGGAGGAACAAAGUGAACGAUCUGCCCCAGGUCCUCACAGACAGGCUCGAAGCACGCUCACAGCUGUCCUAUGCCAAGAUUUGGUAUGGGCUUUACAAUACCAACAUGCUCUCAAAUGCCAACUGGGGCAACAUCACGGACCACCGCAAUUGGUUGAUGCCUCCUGCAAAUGGAUGGAGAGUUACGCUGCAUGGUGGGCAUGGCUGGCAGCCAGAGUACCCUCCUGCCGGCCUGGACCCUUUGAACGUUGACAUGCUUCCAAGAAUGGGCGCCCCUCGGACACGUUUUACUGGGGCCCUGGCCUCUUCAUAUCAGUGGUGUGAAGUCAUGCAGCCGGUCAACAUACUGCUUGAACUAAGGAGACGGGGCAUGGAGACAGAAGAGGCAGAACAGUACCUCGACAGCGGCCCAGAGAUCACCUUUGCAGUUUGGUAUGGGGGCAGGUUUGACUGCCCAUCGAUGGCCGAGGUAGUCGUGGUACUGGAUGAUGGCACAGAUGUGCUGCCCCCAUACACAGGCCGGAGGGAGUUCCCAUGGGCGAGGAGUGCCAUUACCCACUGGAAGUCUGGAAGUCUGACCACACAGCCCGGUAAUUGGAAGCUCUCCUGCCACACCUUCAAGGGGUACAGUGCGGGGGUGAGGAGGGCAAUACUUGUGCUGAGAGGCAAGGACGACCGCUUCUGGGCAGGUCACUAUGGCAGCAAGUUCUCAGCGCCAGAGCUGUACUUUGGGAAGUGCAGGUGGUGAUUGCAAGAUGCUGAUGUCUGAGAAGACGAAAGAGGGUUGAGAUGUCUGAGAAAAUAUGAGACAUGGUGAGGAAUGAGUGUAAAUUGCAAGUGACAGAGUAUAUUCAGAUGUCACCAUACUAUGGUGACCAAAGUAUGCCAGAAAGCUCUGACUGGAUGUACCAACGAAGGAAUGUCUUCCGUAUCAUACCACCUCCUGUGACAACAUUUUGCUGAAUACCACUCUUUGCAGAGGACGUUCAUGAGGUUUUUUUUUUGCGGAUAUUAAAGUUACAGUAGUACCUUGCAUGACUAAGAGAGGAGAAGUCCAUGAUUGGACAGGGACGGCUCUGAAGGUCUAAGAGAUGUACAAUUUUGUAAGUAUUAACGGCCACAUGGCAAAGGCAAUUGUGCUGCGCACAUCAGCACUGCCGACAUAUUCAAAUCACAGCAACAUCAUUAUCACCAAAACCAGUAGCCAUGCAUUCCACACACAGUCUCAGAAUCUUGAGGCUCACACAUCCGACAUCUGCACUCUAAUUUUGCUUGUCUCACUGCGCCUUGUUUUCUCCAAGGCUCAAUUAGUAAAAGAUAUCAGUCAGAUUGUGCCGAACGAGCUAGUCUACUCCUCCGCGCCGGCUGCUGCGCGCGCGGCGCGGACCUCAUCAGCCAGCAUCUUAAUUGCCUUCUCUGCUGCUGGAGGAGGAGCUCCCUGCUGUGCACGGUCCACCAAGCUCUGCAAGCGGGCAGCCUCAGACCCCUUCUCUACACCACUUCCCUUGACUCCCUCUUCCACUGUACCACUCUCCUUCUUUACUGCAUUGGACUCGCCGGCCUUCAGCGCCCUCAGGGCCACCUCCUCUGGGGACAGGUGUGCGCUGGCAAUAUUCUCCCUUAUCUUGUCCACAGGCAUUCUGUUCAUCUUCUCGUGCGCGUUCUGGACGAGUUUCACG